GGCUCUGAAAUCAUCUCUUUCUCGUGGCUCCAGGGUGAAUUUGUACAGUUCCGUCUAACAUUCUUCUCCAACCCCUGAUACUUCAGUCUCAGAAUUCAUUUCCAUGAAAAUGAAGUUUCCCUGAGAUCUGAGGCGAUACACUCCGUGGCUCUUGAGGACUGUCGGUCUCAAGAGAGAGAGGGAGCUGUUAUCCGGAUCCGAACCCUACACCACAGAGCCAUCUGUGUCCCUCCAGCCUCACCAUCAUGAUGAAGUGGUCAAACGGAGGCCCGUAAGCACCGGUGAACCGAUUCCUGGCCUGUGCGGAGAGAAUAGUCACGUCGAAGCCCCUCUGAGACAGAAGCCACGAGAAGAGCCCAUUAUUCUCAUAGCAGAAUCCUCCACGGCGCACGACGACGAUUUUUUUUCAUAUAAAAGUGGCAACUCAAGCCUGACCCGCUCUCCGAUAUGAAUGGUGAGACUCUCAAAGGGAACACUGUUAUAAAGUGAUUCAGGUGAACGUAUCGCAAUGUCUCCAAUGUCAGAGGACAUGGUCCCGAACAGCCGAUACGUGCCAAAUAUUUUUCAACAUCCAUUGUUUUGCAAAGACCUCAGGCAUCUAAAGUGAUGCCUCCUCCUGAAACAAUGUACUGCGCCCAGCAGAUCAACAUCCCUCCAGAGCUGCCUGAUAUUUUAAAGCAGUUCACAAAAGCUGCAAUCAAGACACAGCCACAUGAUGUGCUGCAAUGGGCAGCUGACUAUUUUUCAGCAUUAUCAAAAGGUCAGGACCUACCAGUCAAGGAGAGGCUUGAAAUGCCAGUGGCAACUCAGAAAGCAGACACAGGGCUUACACCAGACCUUCUAAAGAUCCUUCAUCAACAGUUUGCACCAAAAGAAAUCAUUACAAAAGAGGAGCUUCUUCAGAAGUGGAAAGACCUGUGCUUACCUAUUGAACAGCUUGACACAAUCCUUGCUCUUGGCAACUUCAGUGAAAAUAUAACUUGGAUGCAGUUUUUUGCUUUAGGAUGCAGUGCUUUGGGUGGGACCAUCACAAGUGCUUUGAAACACGUAUGUGAAAUACUCACAGAGGACCCUGAGGGUGGAGCAGCCCAGAUUCCUUUUGACACAUUUCAGAGUCUGUACACAUACUUGGCACAUCUGGAUGGAGAAAUUCCUAAUGAACAGAUCGACAGCUUCUUGCAUAGUUUAGAGGAGUAUGCAGAAUGCCAAGGAGGAAUGGUGCAACCUUCAAAUUUUACAAGCCUCCACAGUGCUGAGAAGCCUGAGUAAAAUCCAGUACAAAUGGUCCUCAGGUGGUGAUAUCUCACAACACGCUCGAAAACUACUGAUCCUAGUUACUGUGUCUUGUGUUUGCCCUCUUUAUCCUGUAUAUUAUGAUGUUAUUUGAUUAUUU